AUGUUAGCAGGUAAAAAAACUAAAUCUAGCUUAAGAAAAAAACAAAGGAAAGCUAUGUUUACUGCUGUUGGAAAGGAUAGACUUAAGAGAAUGAGUAGUCAUCUUUCUGACGAUUUAAGAAGUGAAUAUGGAUUUAGAUCAUUUCCAGUUGCUGUCGGUGAUAUUGUCAAAGUUCAUUCAGGACCCUUUAGAGGAAAGGAAGGACAGGUUAUGGAAGUAAUUUUAAAAAAAUAUAGAAUUACUAUUGAAGGUUGUUUAGAAGAAAAUGAAAAAAAAGAAAAUGUUCCAGCUUUUAUACAUCCAUGCAAUGUUACUUUAGUAAAAUUUAAUUUAGAUAAUGGAAGAGAUAAAAAAUUAGAACUGAAAAAAGAAGCCAGAAUUAAGCACAUUGAAAGAAUGCAUAAAGAAGUUGAAUAA